AUGGAUUCUAAAAGAGGAAUUCCAGGAUAUUCACUAUUCAAAAUAUCAUUUGUCACUUUCCUAGUAAUUUUAUCAGUUAUAGCAACUAUACUUUAUUCUAUUUUAUAUCUCUUUAUGAAAUUAUAUAAAAAUGAUGAAGACCAUUUUUAUAUUAAUAGUUUUAUUAUGAUUAUCUUAUUAAAUUUUUAUAACAAUCCAUUCAAUAUUCUUCGAUUCUUCUUUAAUGCUGAUUGGAUAUCAUGUAUUGAUACUUGUAUAUAUACUAUAUAUCAAAUUGUUUUAAUUUCAUUUAUCUUUUUACAUAUCGACCAUUCGAGAAAUGUUUGUUGUUAA